AUGUCCGAUGCAACAUCGGUGAUUGCGGGCGAAUGGACUCUCCUGGCCCUAGCCCUAGUCCUUGUUGCUGCCCGCAUGUUCGCCCGCAUACAGCUUAAUAAGGACAAACUCCAUCUUGCCGAUAUCUUCCUCCUAGUGGCGUCCGCUUGUGCAUUGGCGUUGGUUGUCUGCGACACGCUGGUAUACAAUGCUGGCACGAUGCACAACUAUGAAGAUCCGGGGACAUAUACCCUACUAAUCAGGUUCACUGUCAACUACUGGUUUGAUUUUGGCAUGUAUUUCCCCAAGUUUAGCAUCAUCGCCUUUUACUACACACUCGUCCCGCGAACACAACCUCGAAUGCGACAAGCGCUGUAUGCCCUUACAGCCAUCACGGUGGCAAGUUCUCUCGUGACUUUCUUCGACGCGACGCUCUGGUGCGGAACAAAUAUAAAAUCGAAUUGGUCAGAGGCUCCCGAUGCUUGCAGAGCCUACGAUUCAAUGGUCAUGAUGCGUGUCCACUGGUCACUAAACUUCACCACAGAAGUAUUAAACGUUGUGUUUCCUUUCCCUCUGAUUCGAGACCUCAAACUCCCUAAGUUCAGAGAGAAGGUUGGCUUGGCUGCGAUAUUGGGACUCGGCAUAAUUACUAUCGCUGUUAGCAUCGGUCGAUUUGUCAACAUGGCCGUUGGAGGCAAUGGCUUCUCAAAUUAUUUAUGGGCCACAUCUGAGCUGUGUGUCUCGAUCAUGGUUGUUGCGCUCACAGCUCUGAGACCGCUCCUCCGGAAGAUAGCUCGUUUGAUCAACGCAACCAACAGCGACAGCGACUACAAGUAUGGAGGGACCUCAGCCGGCUUGCACACAAAGACCGGCCGAUCGAAGCCAACACACACCCAAGGCUCAGGCGUCUACUGGAGGACUUACAGCGGCCCUGGUACCACUAAGGAUGGUGUGGCUGAGAGCGAUGUGGAGCUGAAUGUUAUGAAGACGAAAAAUCAUGUGAUAAAGACGGAGGAGAUCCAAAUCUCAACUGAAGACGCAAGACCUGGGCAUUCCAAGAAGCCUCUGGGUACUGAGCAAUAA